AUCUUCGUUAGUUGAUGUGGGUGGUGGUAUUGGCCAAAAUCUGAAUAUCAUAAUCUCCAAGUAUCCUUCUAUAAAGGGCAUUAAUUUUGAUCUGCCUCAUGUCAUACAAAAUGCUCCCAUUUAUUCAGAGAGUUAAAUGAUGUGAUGGGCUGUGACAUUUGAAAAAUCUUCUUCUGCAAGGCAAGUUUCCUCCGUCGUUCUCCAGCUUUCCUUCUUUUCUUUUGUCUUCCUCCUUCUUCUUUAUUUCUUCAUUUUCUUCUUCCUUCCUUUCUCAGUCGCGUAGCAAAAUUGGUUACAUUUGAAAAUUCUUCCUCUGCAAGGCAAGUUACCUGCGUUGUUCUUCUCCAGAUGGCAAAAAAAUUUGAUAUGAUCAAGGAUAUUGAUGGAAAAAGGGAGACGUUGAAACUUGCUGUUAGAAUCGUAGAUUUGUGGUAUGUUGAGUCCUGGGAAUCCAAACGAAGUAUGGAAAUGGUUCUGAUGGAUCAAAAGGGUGAUGUUAUUGUUGCAAUGAUUAAGAAGGAAGAUAUGGGUGUUUGGGAAGAGAAGCUAAAAGAGGGUGAAAGUUACAUAAUGCAUAACUUUAAACUCUUGAAGAACAGAGCUCAAUAUAGAGUUUGUGAGCAUCCAUUUAAGCUGUUGUUUAUAGGAGCAACGUCUAUACGAGCACAACCCAUUGCAAGCAUACCUAGAAAGCUCUGGAAGUUCAAAAGUAUAAAGGAUAUCAUUGAUGGAAAGUAUUGUUCUGAUUUGUUGGUUGAUGUCAUUGGUAUGGUGGACAAUGUAGAGGAGAAAGGCCAUUCGAAAAAUGUUGUCUUUGACCUGAAAGAUUUGAGUGGUGCUAUAAUCUGUUGCACAUUGUGGGAUUCGUAUUGUGAGAAAUUAUUGACCUAUUGGAGGACAUGUAGUCAAACAUCUAAUGUUGCUAUUAUUCUUACUCAGGCUAAGAUAAAGCCUGCUUCAGGUCCAUGGCCAGUUUCACUGUCUAAUUCUUGGAAUGGUUCGAAACUGAUCAUAGGCGAUGACAUACCUGAGCUGAUCAAUUUUAAGAAGCAAUUCGCAGAAACCUGUGGCAGUGAAACUUUUGAGGAAGGGAGUCAAUAUAGUGGCUCUUCACAGAUUAAUCAUGUUGAUAGGUUUAUGUAUAAAACCGUUGUUAAAAGUGUUUCAGAGAUUAUGACUGUAUUAGAGGAGAUUUCCUGUGUUACUGUUGCACGUACACUUAAAUUUAACUUGGGAAAUGAUGGAUGGAAUUAUCUGGUGUGUAACUUUUGUGGGAAAAGAACUCACGAAGUUGGUUCCUUUAAGUGUCUUAGUUGUGAUGCCUUUAAUGAUUCUCCAAGAAUCCGGUAUAAGCUGGAAAUUCAAGUGACUGAUGGGAAAAAGGUGGGCAAUUUCAUGCUUUGGGACCAAGAUUGCAUGAAUUUAAUUGGUGUUUCUGCUGCUGAUUUGAGAAAGAAAAUGAUCAAGCAUGGUGAAGACGAUCCAAAGUGUUUUCCAGAGGAUCUAGAUGUUAUUUUAGGAUGUAUUUUUGCUUUUAAGGUUAAGCUUCAAGGAAAGAACCGACCUGCCUCAGUUAUGAGAGUUUCUACUGACGUGGAAAUUAUUGAUCACGUCAAAGCACUACUGGGACAGGAGGAGGCAAGCUUUGUUGGUGAAUGUAUUGUUAGCUGUCCAUCUGAUAUAGUUCCUGAUACUUCCAAUUCCUCACCAAUGGUUAUUGGUAAAUGUAGCAAUGCCAGUCUUCUUGAUGUACCAACUUCUAGCGGGACUUCUUUAGCAAUUGAACUUGCUGAAUGUAUUGGUAAUGCUGCAUGUGACUUAACAGCUGAUACGGAUAGUUCAUUGAUGUGCCUUUCUUCCACCGCUGAUGAUGAACCUGAUAUAGUUUUGUGUAUGACGCCCUCUAAAGAUGUUUCUGCUCGUAUUGAUGAUCUUCCAGACAUUCCAUCAAGUAUCAUGGAGUUUGAUUUUCUGGAAGAUAUUCCUCUAGCUCAGUUAUCAGCUACAAAGACUACAAAGCCAACGAAGAGUAUCAAAAAGGAGAAAUUAUAAAUGUAUUAAUGUGCCCAAGAAAAGUCUGUUAAAAUAUUUUUGCGAACGUUUUUAUCUUUGUCAACCAUAUUGUAAUUUCUAUAGUAGACUCAAUCCCAGUUGUGUUAUCAUGAAUUGUACUUAUGGAUUUUGUGAAUCAUCUUUAAUAGUUUUGGUGGUGCAAAA